CGGAGCUAAACCGAGAAGAAAAAACCGGUUAUCACCGAGAGAGACAGAGUGUGUGUGUGUGGGUGAGAGAGAGAGAGACAGAGUGUGUGUGGGUGACAGAGAGAGACCGAGUGUGUGUGGGUGAGAGAGAGAGAGACAGAGUGUGUGUGGGUGAGAGACAGAGAGAGAGACAGAGUGUGUGUGGGUGAGAGACAGAGAGAGAGAGUGUGUGUGGGUGAGAGACAGAGAGACAGUGUGAGUGGGUGAGAGAGAGACACAGAGAGACAGAGUGUGUGUGGGUGACAGAGAGACACAGAGAGACAGAGUGUGUGUGGGUGAGAGAGAGAGAGACAGAGUGUGUGUGGGUGACAGAGAGACACAGAGAGACAGAGUGUGUGUGGGUGACAGAGAGAGCCAGAGUGUGUGUGGGUGAGAGAGAGAGAGACAGAGUGUGUGUGGGUGAGAGAGAGACACACAGAGUGUGUGUGGGUGACAGAGAAACACAGACAGAGACAGAGUGUGUGUGGGUGAGAGAGAGAGACAGAGUGUGUGUGGGUGACAGACACAGAAAGAGACAGUGUGUGUGGGUGAGAGAGAGACACAGAGAGAGACAGAGUGUGUGUGGGUGAGAGAGAGAGAGAGACACAGAGAGAGACAGUGUGUGUGGGUGAGAGAGAGACACACAGAGUGUGUGUGGGUGACAGAGGCAGAGAGAGAGAGACACUGUGUGUGGGAGAGAGACAGAGUGUGUGUGUGAGAGAGACAGAGAGAGAGAGAGACAGAGUGUGUAUGAGAGAGAGAGAGACACACACAGAGAGUGUGCGAGAGACAGAGACACAGAGAGAGAGAGAGACACAGAGAGAGAGACAGAGUAUGUGUGUGAGAGAGAGACAGAGUGUGUGUGUGUGAGAGAGAGAUAGAGUGUGUGUGUGAGAGAGAGAGAGAGACAGAGUGUGUGUGUGUGUGUGUGUGUGAGAGAGAGACAGAUAGAGAGAGACACACAGAGUGUGUGCAAGAGGCAGAGAGACACAGAGAGAGGGAGACAGAGUGUGUGUGCGAGAGAGGGAGAGACACAGUGUGUGUUGUCUGUGUGUGCGAGAGAGAGAUACAGAGAGAGGGACGGAGUGUGUGUGUGUGUGUGUGUGUGUGUGUGUGUGUGUGUGAGAGAGAGAGAGACGGAGUGUGUGUGUGAGAGAGAGACACACACAUACGCAGACACACACAUACAGAAAGACAGUUUUGUGUGCAUGAGAGAGGGAUAGAGGGACACAGAGAGAGAGAGAGACAGUGUGUGUGAGUGUGUGUGAGAGAGACAGAGAGACACAGACAGAGGGACAGAGUGUGUGUGUGAGAGAGAGAGACACACAGAGUGAGAGUGUGAGAGAGAGAGACGCAGAGACAGGGAGACUGUGUGUGUGUGUGUGUGUGUGUGUGUGAGAGAGAGAGACAGAGAGACCCACAGACAGGAGAGAGAGUGUGUGUGUGAGAGAGAGAGAGAGAGACAGGGUGUGUGCACAAGAGAGAUACAGAGUGUGUAUGUGACAGAGUGAGUGAGAGAAAGUAGGAGAGAAAGGGGUGUGUGUGUGUGUGUGCGAGAGAGAAAAAAGAAGAGAGACAGAGAGAUAGAGUGUGAGACAGAGAUAGAUUGUGUUGAAGGAGAGGGAGAAUUGCCAGCCAGGGCAGAGGCAAUGUCCUGCUAUCCUGUGCGGGGGCUCCCACUCCUCCCAGGCAAUACUUUCCGGGACCCCACGAAGUCUAACUUCCAUCGAUCACAGACUUUCUUCUACAAGAACGGCAUUGCUGUCCCUGUUGUGCCCAAGGUUGGGAUUGGUGGGGAACCAAUCCAUGUCAAUCAGCUGUCUCUGUCUGAUGUGGAUGAAUUGGCUAAUAAAAAACCAACAUUAACCUAUGGCCAGGCCAAACAGGCCCCACCAGCAGAUUUCGUUCCUGGGCACGUGGCUUUUGAUAAGAAGGUGUUGAAAUUUGACGGAUAUUUCAAGGAAACAGUUCACGAAUCCCCAUAUGAAUAUUAUCGGGUUCGACCGAUCAUCCUGUACUAUUACCUGGAGGAUGACAGUAUUUCCAUUCAUGAGCCAGAAGUGGAUAACUCUGGACUAACUCAGGGCAAACUGAUCAACAGACAGCGACUCCCCAAGAAUGACCAAGGAGAUUGCUGGCAUUGGAAGGACCUCAAUGUCGCCAUGGAGGUGGUGGCAUAUGGAAAGCGAUACCGCCUCACUAGCUGUGACAAAUUUACAUGUGAUUUCAUGGUGAGCCAUGGCAUUAUCCCAAAUUGUCCAGAGAUGAUCCCACCAGAUCCCUACAUCGAGAGUCGCAAAAGAAACCCUGCUCGGGAGCAUGUCACUCCCUCAGACUUUGAUAAACUCAAACAGUUCCUAACCUAUGACCGCAAGGUUUUGAGAUUUUAUGCAUACUGGAAUGACACAGACAAUAUGUUUGGUGAGUGCAGACGGUACAUUAUCCAUUAUUACCUGGCUGAUGGGACUGUGGAAAUCCGUGAUGUUUAUGAAAGGAAUGACGGACGAGAUCCUUUUCCAAUGAUGGUGGGUCGGAGGCGUUACCCCAAAACAUUGAAAGAUGAGGCAGCAGCAAAUUUUCCCACAAUCUCAAUGGAGGUGGCUGACCAGGAGGUGAAGGAAUGGUAUGGUCCUCGGGAUUUCAUUGUUGGUCAACCUGUCACUCUUCUCGGACGUGAAUUCUUCAUCUAUGACUGUGAUGAGUUCACCAAGAAUUACUUUUAUCAGAACAUUAGGGGGGUGGAACUUCAUCCUGUUGAUGUCAUCAAGAAACCUGCACCACCAGAGAAAAAGUGGGUUCCUCCGUACAACGGAUUUGGUUCAGUGGAGGAUUCGCUAGGGAACUGUUUGUCACUCAUUCCCAAACCACCAAAAAAGGAUGUCCUCAAAAUGCUGGAAAUGGACAAGAUCAUCCUGCGAUAUGAGGCUAAGAUGGAGUCCAGGAAUCCUGAUGACUGGAAUCGGCGUUUUAUCCUCAGCUUCCAUGUGGCCACUGAUGAGAUCAGCAUCUUUGAACCUCCACUCCGCAACUCUGGGAGAAUAGGAGGGAGAAUAUUGUCAAAGAUAAGGAUUCCCAAACCAGGAAGCAAUGUGGAAAAGCCAGAAUUUUAUACAGCCAAGGAUCUGGCCAUCUGCUCAAUUGUCGAAGUACUCGGUUGCCGUUUCAUCAUCACCGAUGCUGAUGAAUAUGUUUACAAAUACCUGCAAGCAAAUGCUGCAGAAUUUCCAAGUGAGGUUCUCAACUCAUUCCAGCAGAAAGCUCAGGAAAGGAAGGCACAAAUGGUCCAGGAGUCGCUGGAAACUCAACAGAAGGAGAUGGAUCAGAAAGCUCGCUGUGUGUCAUUUGGUGAUCCGGUACUUGCUCCUGCCGAGAUCAGCAGAGAGGACUGUGUAAUGAUACCAUCAGAAUGCAGACAGUUCCUUGACCCUAUUCCAUCAAAAGCACAGUCCCAGGAGGAUAUCCAGACACAUCAAUGCAAGAGAGAUAUCUGCCCACCACUGAACCAGGGAGAUACCCGCCCACCAAAGAUCCAGGGAGGUAUCUGCCCACAACAGAUCCAAGCAGAUAUCCGCACACCUCAACAUCGAGCAGAUAUCUAUAUGCCACAGAACCAAGGCGAUGCUUGCCUACCACAGAAUCAGGGAGAUAUCCACACACCUCAAUACCAAACAAAUAUCCGCACACCACAGAACCAGGGAGAUAUCCGCACACCUCAAUACCAGACAGAUAUCCGCAUACCACAGAACCAGGGAGAUAUCUGCACACCUCAAUACCAGACAGAUAUCCACACACCUCAGUGUGUUCCCACGGGACUUCAAGAUCAAAGUACAUUUCAGAAUUAUAACUGUUGAUGUUGAAAAGGGGAACAAUGAUCUUUGUAAUUGGGAACAUAAUGCAAACUGA